GCCCUGGCGCGCGCGGCGGCAGGCGGCGGCGCGAUGGCGGCGGCUGCGGUGUCCGAACCCUGGCCGGAGCUGGAGGUUGCGGAGCGCGAGCGGCGGCGCGAGCUGCUGCUGACCGGCCCGGGGCUGGAGGAACGGGUGCGGGCGGCGGGCGGGCGACUGCCGCCGCGGCUCUUCACGCUGCCGCUGCUACACUACCUGGAGGUGAGCGGCUGUGGCAGCCUGCGCGCGCCGGGGCCGGGCCUGGCGCAGGGCCUGCCGCAGCUGCACAGCCUCGUGCUGCGGCGCAACGCGCUGGGGCCGGGCCUGAGCCCGGAGCUGGGCCCGCUGCCUGCACUGCGCGUGCUCGACCUGUCCGGCAACGCGCUGGAGUCGCUGCCGCCGGGCCAGGGCUUGGGCCCUGCGGAGCCGCCCGGCCUGCCGCAGCUGCAAAGCCUCAACCUCAGCGGCAACCGGCUGCGCGAGCUGCCCGCCGACCUGGCGCGUUGCGCCCCGCGCCUGCAGAGCCUCAACCUCACCGGCAACUGCCUGGACGCCUUCCCCGCCGCGCUCUUCCGCCCCGGCGCGCUGCCCCUGCUCAGCGAGCUGGCGGCUGCGGACAACUGUCUAAGAGAGCUCAGCCCCGACAUCGCGCACCUGGCCUCGCUCAAGACCCUGGACCUCUCCAACAACCAGCUGAGCGAGAUUCCUGCUGAGCUGGCCGACUGCCCCAAGCUCAAGGAGGUCAACUUCCGAGGGAACAAGCUUCGAGACAAACGCCUAGAGAAGAUGGUCACCGGCUGCCAGACCAAGUCCAUCCUGGAGUACCUGCGUGUCGGCGGCCGGGGCUGCGGCCGGGGCAGUGGCCGGGGCAAGGGCAGGGCAGAGGUCACUGAGAAGGAGGACAGCGGGAAGAAGAGGAGAGAGCGGAAGCAGAGGCGGGAGAGCGGCGAGGGGGAGGAGGAGGCAGCAGAUGCAGCCAGGCUGCUGCUUAGGGUCCUGCACGUCUCUGAAAACCCCUCGCCCCUGACGGUCAGAGUCAGCCCCGAGGUCAGGGACGUGCGGCCAUACAUCGUGGGGGCAGUCGUGCGGGGCAUGGACCUGCGGCCUGGAAACGCACUCAAGCGCUUCCUCACCUCCCAGACCAGACUCCACGAAGAACUCUGUGGGAAGAGGACGGCAGCCACCAUUGCCACCCAUGACCUGCGUGCCCUGCGGGGACCCUUGCUGUAUGCUGCCCGGCCGCCCCAGGACCUCAAGAUUGUCCCCCUGGGGCGGAAAGAAGCCAAGGCCAAGGAGCUGGUGCGGCAGCUACAGCUGGAGGCCGAGGAGCAGCGGAAGCAGAAGAAGAGGCAGAGUGUCUCCGGGCUGCACAGGUAUCUUCACUUACUGGAUGGGAAGGAAAGUUACCCUUGUCUCAUGGACGCAGACGGAGAUGUGAUUUCUUUCCCACCGAUAACAAACAGUGAGAAGACCAAGAUUAAGAAGACAACCAGUGAUCUGUUCUUGGAAGUAACCAGUGCCACUAGUCUGCAGAUCUGCAAAGAUGUCAUGGACACCCUCAUACUGAAAAUGGCAGAAAUGAACAAACACACUUUAGAAAAUAAAGAGGAAGGAUCGUUCUCCGAUACGGACAGUGAUGCAGUUUCUGGACAACUUUCCGAUCCUCAAGUGAACCCUGGUGCUGGGAAGGAUGGACAGUGCCCCCUCGUGGUGGAGCAGGUCCGCGUGCUGGACCUGGAGGGGAGCUUGAAGGUGGUGUACCCGUCCAAGGCCGACCUGGCCACAGCUCCUCCCCAUGUCACAGUCCUUCGCUGACAGACCCGGUGGGCUCAGGCAGCAGGCCACCCGUCACAUGCGCCUGUUGGUGGCUUUGCGAGGUCUGUGAGUGCUGAGUUGUUCAGUGUGUCCCCACCGCUGCGUUGUUAGGUGCGCAUCUUUGUUCGCUGUGCCCGGUGAUUCUGCUGUGAGUGAUGGCUGUGUUGUUUUCGCAACACUAAACUGAUGUUACUGUUCUUCGUGGAGUUAUUCAAAUACCAGAAGUAGCUAUUCAACAUGUUCUGAAUCGCACAGGCCCACAACAGACCUGGGAGUGGUUUGGGUGUGCCCAAGUCAGUUGGACAGCUGAUCAACAUGCAUCUUCCUGAACUGCAGAUAUUUUUCUAUAAUGUAGUCUUUCUAAGUCCUUAUGUGCCAGUAGCCAGAACAUCAUGUUUUUCAGCUUAUAAUGAUCUUAAUCUUUUUAUUUUAAAAAAAAAAAAAAAAAAGUUUUUUAA